GUGAUCAUGAACGCAUACACCUCGAGUCUGCCCCUCUACAGUGGCAGCUGCGAGCGCGUCGGUGUCAGAGUCGGGGAGCCGCACUAUGCCGCCACGAACCACAAGGAGUAUUUUGCUGAGUGCUCCGAGGCCUACUUCAGCACGGGGAGAUUUCGGAAUGACUACUUCCCAUACAUUCACAGCGAGUUGAAGGGCUACGACGCCGCUGCAUAUGCCAUGUGCUUGCACAUUUGGGGACCCAGGAGUUCGGAAGAGGAGCUGGAGGCUCGAUAUCUGAGGGAGUUCUGCCACACUGAAGUCCCGGCGUCAACUUUCGUCUCUUCCCCGGCAGCCAAGCAGCUCUUCUUACAAAGGAUCUUCGAAGCGGCACAAGAGAGAGCUCGACUGAAGCUGCUUCGUGGCCCAGCUGGCAGCUGA